AUGAGGGAGAGCAUCGGAAAGGGCCAGAGAGGGGUCCUGGGAGAGGCAGGGACACGCCGUGUCGUGUGCACCUGCGAAUGUGUAACAGCGAAUUCCUCCGCUGUGCACGGCUACUUCGCGCCUAAUAGAGACACGCGAAAACCGCCGAGAGCGGCGAAGCCUCCCUCCCGGCAGCGAGAUGGCGGGGCGGCCGGGCCGGGCCGGGGGCGGCGGGGGUGGCGGGCUCGCGGGGGCGGCGGCGGGGCGCUGACGCCGGCUCGCCGCCCGCAGGACGUGUUCCUCAUGAUCCGGCGCCACAAGACCACCAUUUUCACGGACGCCAAGGAGUAGAGCUCCGUGUUCGAGCUGAAGCGCAUCGUCGAGGGCAUCCUCAAGCGACCGCCCGACGAGCAGCGGCUCUAUAAGGAUGACCAGCUCCUCGAUGACGGCAAAACUCUGGGCGAAUGUGGCUUCACCAGCCAGACAGCACGGCCACAGGCCCCAGCCACAGUGGGGCUGGCCUUCAGGGCAGAUGAUGCCUUUGAGGCCCUGCGCAUCSAGCCCUUCUCUAGCCCACCCGAGCUUCCGGACGUUAUGAAGCCUCAGGACUCWGGAGGCAGCGCCAAUGAACAAGCUGUGCAGUGAGGGCCCCAGGCCCAUCCCUGAGGCCCAUUCCCCCCAAUAAAAGAGAUUUGGGUKUCUG